UGCAGGAACUUAGUUUGAACUAAAGGAGAAACUUUCACAUUAACCGCAGGUUCGAAAGGGGUUCUAGCUUCAUGUCUUGUUGGUUUGCUAUACUGAAGAAUUAUCGUAGGUCUUCUUUCAGUCUUUUGAGUCAAUACAUGUAAAACUACCAACGUCGUGUACCAUAUAGAGUCGAUUCAUACAACCGGCUCAAUACAAAAAUGCUCUUUAGCUUUUGGAAGUGCUAUCCAUCUUCAACGAAGCAAACGCACAUAUGUGUACAGUUCAGCCCACGUUGUCGGCGCUUCACCACACCGCUUCGCGUCGACCUACCAUGACGUACACAAUCCGCUUUCACCUCACAUAUGGACUGCGAAUUGAGAACAUGGGAAAGCUUCGUUCCACUGUCGCUUCUCAGUUUAAGCACCUACACCUACUCAUCAACUUCGACCACAAACCAAUCUCAACGCAAUGACAGCACCGUCGGCGCAAUUUGUUCGGCAACUAGCCACUCACUCACCUUCGUCUACCAUGGAACCGCCCGCCCCUCUGACUACUCAAACCGCUACCACUGACGCCGCGACUACUUUCAUCAAUACCCACACAGCCUUCGAAGGUCACAUUCCGCUGCUUGAGGAAUGCCCUAUAUGCCUAGACAACUACUCCACGGAACCAUGUGUUCGAAUCAUCGGGAUUGAAGGCUGCACUCACCUUGUCGGGCUGAGCUGUCUGCAAGAGAUUUUGCGUGACCAUCCCGAAAAAGAGAAGAGGUGCCCGCUCUGCCGAGCCAUGUGGAUCGCUGCAUCUGGUACCCCAGCGCGUAGGACAGUGCGGCGCGUAUCCAUGCCUCGCCGCAUGACUGGCACGUUCUCCGGCCUCAAUGGUUUUGGGGAGAACAUUGCGGGCCAGGCUGGCGCAGGUAUUGAGGGGCAGUCUGCCAAUACGACUGCGAAUGGGAACAUGCCCACAGGCAACCUACCGGGCUUUGUACCUUUGAUCGCGCGCAAUCAGCGCAAUACCACGAUGCAGAAUCCGAUCCUCUUAGACUCCGACUCCGACUCCGACUCCGACUUGGGUAGCUACGAGGCCCAGCUGGAGAAUUUUGAGCAGUUGACGCGCGACAUAGAGAACAUCCGCACACGUGCCCGCAAUACACAGCUCUCACGUAGCCAUCGUCGCCGGGAACCUAACAGCCGUCAACGAAGUAACAUCAUCAUUGCAAAUCAGACUACCAACGCCAGCACCGAUAGCCCAAGUGCCGCCGCAGGAGGUAACCCGUCUAGUGGUGCAGGAGCCUUCAACUUCCUCAACCGCAAUCUACACCGCUUCCGGCCUACUACAAACGAUUCCAUGACCGCAACCCAUAGUCGCAAUCGUCCGCGUGCUAGCAACUCACCUCUCCCACAACAGGACCAAGAACAAAGCGUCGUCAUGAUGCAAUUCGGUCCGUAUAGCAGCCAUACUGCCUCACCAAACCCAGCCCCCACAAUCAUGGACGUGGACCAAGUCAUCGAAGAACCCCAUAUUCAGGCCCAGUCUGCCCGCGACACUAUGCGUACGCGUGAACUAGACCAGCGAGGGACUUGCCUUGACGACCGUGAGACGAGGCUGAAUCAGAGGGUGAACGCCUUAUUGCAGCGGGAGCUAGCGUUGAGGGACAGGGAGCACCGGGCAAGGCAGUUGGUGAAUGUGGUAACAGCGCAGCGGGAUGAGAUGCAAAACUUGCUGAGGAGGCAGAUGGAGGAUCUUGAGAGGGUUAUGCAAUGAGUUGUUUGUAAGUGAGAGGAGGCAUGGGGGUAGAGGCGAGAUACUGCAUCAUCGCUCUAUCAUUCAAUAGGGAUGAUCCAAAGAUCAUGUGCUAGGCUGAGUUUCGCAAGGAUACAAUGGUGGGGAUACCUUGGCUCAUGGCAGAUAUCCGUCACGAUGGUUGUCUGACGUCCCAUACUAGCGGUAC